UUCCAAGAAAGAUUUUUAAUAAUCUCAUCCUCUGUUUCAAGAUUACAAAGCCUCUUAGAGGAGAGCAUCACUGUCAAACAAAAAAAAAAACAAGCAGACAAGAAAAUGGGAUGUUUCGGACCAUCAAAGACUUCAAGAACAAGAAACCAUGAAAAAGAAACGAUGACACGACAAAACCCAUCUCCUCAACCUCAAACCAUGAGAACUGAAGAAGUUCUGUUGCAGAUUCCUAGAUGUAGAGUCCAUCUCAUCGACGAGUCUGAAGCCGUGGAGCUUGCUUCCGGUGAUUUCAAGCUCGUUAAGGUCUCAGACAACGGUGUGACUCUAGCUAUGAUUGUAAGAAUCGGACAUGACCUUCAGUGGCCAGUGAUUAGAGACGAGCCAGUGGUGAAACUCGACGCACGUGACUACCUCUUCACACUUCCGGUUAAAGACGGUGAUCCACUUAGCUACGGGGUCACUUUCUCCGGCGAUGACAGAGACGUAGCCCUCGUGAACAGUCUGAAGUUGCUAGACCAAUUUUUGAGUGAGAAUUCUUGUUUCUCGUCUACGGCUUCGAGUAAGGUUAACAAUGGAAUCGACUGGCAAGAGUUUGCACCGAGGAUUGAAGACUAUAACAACGUUGUUGCUAAGGCUAUUGCUGGAGGAACAGGGCAUAUCAUUAGAGGAAUCUUUAGUCUCAGUAAUGCUUACUCUAACCAGGUUCACAAGGGAGGUGACAUAAUGAUUACAAAGGCUGAGGAGAGUCAGAGAAAUGGAGGUUACAAUAAUGGAAACUCCAGUGGUAAUGAGAAGAAAAAUGGAAUCAACACAAACCUUCAACGAGUGAGGAAGCUGUCAAAGGCGACUGAGAAUCUGAGCAGGACGAUGUUGAAUGGUGCGGGAGUUGUGAGCGGCUCUGUGAUGGUCCCUGUGAUGAAGUCGAAACCGGGGAUGGCCUUCUUCUCAAUGGUUCCAGGGGAAGUCCUCUUGGCUUCACUUGACGCCCUUAAUAAAAUACUAGAUGCAACUGAAGCCGCGGAGAGACAAACUCUAUCUGCUACAUCCAGGGCUGCUACCAGAAUGGUCAGUGAGAGGUUUGGAGAGAACGCAGGGGAGGCGACGGGAGACGUUCUAGCAACAGCGGGCCACGCGGCUGGAACUGCCUGGAAUGUUCUCAAGAUCCGCAAGACUUUCUAUCCUUCAUCUUCUCUCACAUCCGGGGUCGUCAAGAAUGCUCCAAGAAAGUGAUAUAUUGUGUCUUAUAGUUUCAACUACUUUAUCAAUGUAUGAUCGAUGGAAAACCCAAAACCCAAGCUCAGUUUUUAUAUACUACAUAAUGUGGACUCAUCAGCUAUAGUGUGUAAUAUAUAAUGUAUUAUUGGGUUACUCAAAAUAUCAUAAGCUCUACAAAGUCUGUCAAGUUUUAUGACAAUGACUGGAUUGAUUAA